AUGGGCAAUGUCAACAGCCGUCUGGAGGAGCCUGGUGUGCUUUACCUGAAGGAUCAGACAAAGUUGAGCAUCUCCUCUCUUGUAAUCACCAACCAGCGCGGCCUUGUCAUCCUGAACAUUGCUCCAAAUGCCUUUCCUGCGUCGCGGAUCACUGCCAGAAGAGAUCCUGGUGACGAUACGCCUAUUGAAUUCAUCCAGGACCCCGACUCAGUCGGCGGCAACCACCUGCCAUCCUUCAUCCUUCGUUUAACCAACGAAGACGACCUCUACUUCCGAUUUACGUUUGUCAUCCGACAGGCCCAACUGUCUCUCUUCCCGCCGGCGACGACCGUCAACGGCGUCUCAAGCUCGCUGCCCGAAGUCGCUGAUACCGUUGUCAAGGGUCUCACUUUCGCCCAUGCAUCCAACGCAAAGGAGCUUGAUAACCUUGUCACACGAGAGUUCCAUGCAAAUCCAAACCUCCAGAACAACGAUAAUGUCCAGCAUGUUGGCACUUUCGAAACCGGAGGGACGCCUUCAGUCCAGUUCGACUGGUCGUGGAAAUGGAAGCCACCGAAGAAAUCCGAAGAUAAAUGCGGUGGAUGGAGAAACUGCUGCAGCUUCCUGGACUACGACCAGAGAGCCAACAGACUCAACACGCUAGCCUCGUUUCAGUACUGGGUCCAGGGUCCAACGAGGCCUUCGACCAGUCCAAGCUUCCAGUCUUCUGGGUUUGAGUUGACCGUGCCACAGCGCAACCGACAAGUCUCGUCCCAUUCAAACGUGUCCGGGAUAAGUGAUGGAUCAAACGACAACCUACCCAUUUCGCCCGUUGACACCGAUAAUCCAUUCGCCUCAGCCACCAAUGUCGCCUCGAGUACGGAUGCGUCGGUCAAGGUGGAUGUCACCUGUCGUCGCCCGGGAGAGGAUAUGAGCGCGGUUGACGAUGGGCCAUUGUUCCGAGCUACGAUCAAGUCUUUUGAACAAAAGACUGGAACCAUGCGUGAAAAGAUGAAGAAACUUCUCAAGAAGGCCAAAGCUGCAUACCAUGCACAGAUGGCGUGCAACGAUUCCGUGGCUGCGUUUAUAAAGACGCUCGAUGAAACGGCCAAAUCCAAUCCAAACGCCAUACGGCCCGCACUGGACCAUUACUUUGAGAAAACCGCAAGAGAUAUUCUCAACUAUGAACGGAACAAUUGCGAUGUCAUGCAUACGUUUAUCGUCCAGCCUAUAUCAAGACUCUACCACCAGGACAUCAAACAGGCCGAAAUGAAGAAGAAGAUUUUUGACGACGAGAGUAGAGAUUACUAUGCUUAUGUCGGACGUUAUCUUGGUCAACGACAAGAUUCUCUGAAAGACAAGAAGAGAGCAGAGAGUGAUUCCAAAUACCAAGCCAAGAGAAGGAACUUUGAAUUGAAAAGAUUCGACUAUUCCUCAUUUAUGCAGGAUUUACACGGUGGAAAGAAAGAGCAGGAGUUGCUUUCUUACUUGACGAAAUAUGCUGCAGAGCAGGUACGGGGCUUCAUGGCAGUCGCCAGAAGAAUUGACAAAACGAUGCCGCGGCUCGGCGCCCUCAUGGAUGAGGUCGCAGAAGCCGACAAGGAGUUCCAGUUCCAGCGUACGGAGCGUGAAGAGAAGCGCAGGGUUCUUGAGAACAGUACCAAAAAAUACAUCGAACCAGAGACAGCACAAAAUCCACGGCCACCCACUCCGGGCGGUGCUGCUAAUAAUACCACAUACUAUACUUCUGAUUCUGACCUUGGUCGAGCCGAUAGCACCAGUUCGACAGUAAAGGGUUAUACAGGUCGUACUUCGGGGCGGUCGUCUUCUCCCAAUGGAGCAACGGUUCCUACCGGCUCUAACAUUGGGUCACACUCUUCCACUCAAAACCGUUUCAAGGGUAUUCGUGACUUGGAGGAACGCGAUAGCACCAGUAUGGCUGCAGCAGAACGAGCGAAUGGUCAGCAGAGAAAAGAGGGUUUGCUCUGGGCCUUGUCACGCCCGGGAUCUCAUGAUCCCAAGGGUAUCAAACAGGCCUGGCACAAAUUCUGGAUUGUCCUUGACCAAGGAAAGCUUUCAGAGUAUAGCAACUGGAAACAGAAAUUAGACUUACACAUGGAUCCAAUUGACUUGAGAAUGGCUUCCGUACGCGAGGCACGCAACGCAGAGAGAAGAUUCUGCUUCGAAGUCAUCACUCCACAAUACAAGCGCAUAUACCAAGCUACCUCCGAAGAAGACAUGGCCAACUGGAUUACCGCGAUCAAUAAUGCAUUACAAAGCGCGGUGGAAGGUCGCCUCAAGGCCUCCCCGGCUAAACCACCCUCAAAGCAGAACGACAAAUCCUCUGGGCGGGACCUUGGGUCUGCAUUGACAGGAAAAAGCUUAUCGCAGUCAAACCAGCAUGGCACUUCCACAUCACCCAACACGGGGAACAUGGGGAAUAUGGGACGGCGCACGACAGUUGGUGCACGACCUGGGUACAUGAGAAGUGGCAGCCACGGCUACGACGAUGAUCCCGCCAAACUGUUACAAACCAUCCACAAUGCCGACCAAGGUAACACCUGGUGCGCAGACUGCUGUACAGCCUCAAAAGUCGAAUGGGUGUCGAUCAAUCUUGGAAUAGUCCUAUGUAUCGAAUGCAGCGGCAUCCAUCGAUCACUAGGCACACAUAUAUCCAAGAUCCGCUCUCUCACACUCGACAUUCACUCCUUCUCCAACGACAUCGUGGAAAUCCUACUGCAGGUAGGAAAUCGAGUUAGCAACAUGGUCUGGGAAGCACAGCUUGCUCCAGGCAUCAAGCCAGGUCCAAACGCGACUCGAGAGCAACGACUCAAAUUCAUUACCGCAAAGUAUAGCGAUCGCGCAUACGUCCGACCUCUAUCUCCCACCUUAUCCAGAUUUUCCUCUGCUGACGAGACACUACUUGCUUCAAUAAAGCAGAACGACAUUCAGGGGGUGUUGUAUGGGAUUGCCCUUCGGGCUAACCUCAACAUCACCGAUCGUUCUCGCGACACGCAUGUAGUAUUCCUGGCUCUCGCAGCAGCAGACCCAGCGCCUCCUGGAUCCCCACCUCCGAGCCCCAAUCUCGGCCGCCAAAGCAUCAUAAAGCCUUUUACCCCGACCCAUUCCGCGAGUGUUAGCAUAACCGCAACUCCAUUCCCCAUUGCCGAACUUCUGGUACAGAACGGCGCGGUUAUACCAUCCCAGAUGCCUGCUUUCCCUCUCUCUGAGGCUGCACAGCUCUACCUCAACCAACGAACCGUUCGAUCCUCGCGUCUUGUCGGUGGUGGUAGUGGCACGGGGGACACCCUUAGUGCCCUACCUACUAUCCGCGGACAUGAAGGUAACGGUUCGUCCUCACCAGCCGUGGACAACAAAGAAAGAGAGAGGCUGCAUAAACGAGGAAGCGCCGGAGCGCGAUUUGCAGGCAAAGUGUCUUCGUUCGCAGGAUAA